UCCAAUUCAGUCGCCCAGCGAAAGCCGAACGAAACGGACGUGUUUUUUGUAGUCUUUUCUUUUUGUGGUUUUGCUCCGGUUAUAAAAAGCCAAAUGGGUAUGGGUUUUUGCAAAUUUGGCAAAAAAAAUAGUACGAAUGCGGGUAGGUAACGCAAAACACUCGGCCGUUCGAAACUGAUAAGUGCAACUUGUGAAAUUGAUACUGGAGCGUGAGCCCUUGAUUGAAAUGCGCGGAAGUUUCCACUUGUCGAGCAGUCGGAGCUAUCAUACCCAUACCCAAACCCAGAAACGAACCCACUGGUGCCCCCGGUAGUCGACGACGUCGCCACUAUAGCUAAUUGUGAGCCAUUAAUUGAUUGGCAGCGAACAGGGCACCAUCGGCUCCACCAGACACGCCCCCUUUUCUGGCAUCGAGCGGCAUUUGCCCCCCACAAUCAGCCAUAUCAAAUAAAAAACCAAUAAAGAAAAGCCCAGCGAAAUGAAGGGCCAGCAGCAGCAGGAGGAGCAGCUGGUGCCGCCGCCGGCCUACAGACCCACCGUCGUUGCCAAGGAUCCGCACGCGAAGAAGGAGAAGCCCCUGGGCGAGGGCCGCCUGGCCGUCCUGCGGCAGGAGCUGAUGGUCUUCCUGGGCAACAGCGGGGUCCUCGGCUCCGGCAUGGUGGUCAGCAUGCCCUCCGUCACCCUCAACCAGCUGCACGACGAGACGCAGCCCUUUUGGCUCAACAAGGACGAGUCCAGCUGGUUCGCAUCCAUCCAAAACAUGGCCUGUCCUUUGGGAGGACUCCUGGUUAGCUACUUUCUGGACAGGAUUGGCCGCAAACACACCAUCCUGCUGACCAAUUUGAUAGGACUCAUUGGCUGGAUUCUGCUGGUGACCAGCUUCAUGCACACCGAUCGGGAUAUGAUCUAUUACCAAAUGCUGGUGGGUCGUUGCUUUGGUGGCAUCAUGAUCGGAAUGUUCGUAUCGCCGGUGGGUGUUUACUCUGCCGAGAUCAGUUUACCCAGGAUACGGGGUCGCCUGAUCCUGGGCACUUCGCUGGGACUGGCCAGUGGCAUUCUGCUGAUGUACGUCCUCGGGUACUUCAUAAGGCACAACAUCCAGCUGAUCUUCGCCAUCAGCUGCUGUUACCAGCUGGCGGCCACCCUGCUCGUCUUCCCCAUGCCGGAAUCCCCCAGCUGGCUGCUCACCAAGGGCAAGGAGGAGCUGGCCAGGUCGUCUCUCAGAUACUUCCGCGGUCUGCCCAAGAAAGAGGUGGACUACGUACCCGAAUUCGAGACGGAGCUGGCGCACAUGAAGGAGCUGGCGGACGCGAGCAACACCACCGCCGCCGGCGAGUCCCUCAGCCAGAUGAUCCACCGCCCGGAGGUCUACAAGCCCGUCCUGAUGAUGACCACCUUCUUUGGCUUCCAACAGGCCUGCGGCGUGGUGGUGAUCAUUGUCUAUGCGGUCCAGAUUGCCCAGCAGGCGGGCGUUACCAUCGAUCCCGUCCUGGUGGCCGUGAUGUUGGGCGUGGCCCGUAUCAUCACCACGCUCUUCAUGAGCGGCAUCUUCGAGAAAUGGGGUCGCAAGCCGGCUGGGAUCUUCUCGGCCACCGGCAUGGGCUUCUGCAUGCUGCUCCUGGCCGGUGGCAACUGGUUCCCCGACACCCUGGGCACCUGGCACUGGCUGCCGGUGGCCUGCAUUGUGGCCCACAUCGUGUUCUCCACCAUGGGCAUGCUGACACUGCCCUUCUUCAUGAUCUCCGAGGUGUUCCCGCAGCGGGCGAGAGGCAGUGCCUCCGGCAUAGCCAUCUUUUUCGGCAUGAUCCUGGCCUUUGUGAUGCUGAAGAUCUAUCCGAAUAUGGAGGCCAUCCUGGGCACGGCCAAUCUGUUUGCCUUCUAUGCGGGCAUCUCCUUCCUGGCGGCCGCCUUCAUUGGCACCUUUGUCCCAGAGACGAGGGGCAGGACGCUCGAGGAGCUGGAGGAGCGAUGGCAGACGGGCAAGUUUGCACGACGACUCACUCUCAACAACCUGAAGGACGUGGAGCUGCACGAGGUGUUCCUUAAGAAAUAAUAGUAAUGAAAAAAUAUUUAAAUGAAACAAAGGACAAAACUGGGGGGUUAUACUAAAGUUCCCAGGGGCACACAUUCAAAGUUUUUACAUUUUAGGACGACCUGAAAAAAAAAUCAAAAAUCAAAUGUGAAUAUCUGAAUAUUUUUUUUUUAAAUCAAAGAACCUAGAGGUUUCCAAUGCUGAUGAAUGUGCCCGUGGUGAACGCAUUUCCAUUAGAAAGCGUGGGUCGGGGUUUUCAAUCUGUGAUGUGUUAAGUACUUAGCCUUGGCAGCCAUGGAAUGCGGCAAUUUGAUAAACAAUAAAAACCAUUUACCAAGUAAACAAAAGUCAA